UUCAGCCGUGAUGCAAAUGAUGUGUUUCCUGGCUAGCGAGUAUGUUGUGUUGGUUAAAAACUAGUUUACUUCAAGAAGUGCCAUGUUGCCGAUUAAAUAACAGCCCGGUCCAGGUUUCAGUUAUAUUCUUUGUGUCUUAUAUUGCUGAGAGGUUCUCCUGUCGACUUACUCCCGGGAUAGCAAAACAUGUAGAUGAGCAACACACCAUAUUUAAAAGAAUGACUGGUGUGCAGAACGGUUUCCCCCUUGGGCCACAGCCUGGAGUAACCUAUCCAAUUCAAGUGUUAUAUUGUGGUAAUUGUUCUUUGCCAAUAGAGUAUUGUGAAUACUAUCCAGAAUAUGAGAAAUGCAAAUUGUGGUUAGAACGAAAUAUGCCUUCAGAAUUUGAGAGAGUUUUAAAACUAGGGGAGAAAGAAGAUGGAGAAGGAGGAGGAGGCGAAGAGGAAAAGAAGCGACAGAAGCGGGGUGGGAAGGGUAUCAUGAAAGCACGCAAGAAGGAGGAUGGUCCAAAGCAAGUGUGCGUAUCGCGGGCUCCUCGGGGUAAGAAGAAAUCUGUUACUGUUGUAACAGGGCUUAGCACAUUUGAUAUCGAUCUAAAAGUGGCAUCAAAGUUCUUUGGUACCAAAUUUGCAUGUGGGUCAUCAGUGACUGGUGAUGAUGAGAUUGUCAUCCAAGGUGAUGUUAAGGAUGAGCUUUUUGACAUCAUUCCAGAAAAGUGGCCUGAGAUUGAUGAAGAUUCUAUUGAGGAUCUAGGUGACCAAAAGAGGUAACAUUGUUUCCAAAGCACGCUGCUGCUUCUGUUAGGAGGAGAGUUUGUGUCGCUCCCAUCCCCAGGAAAUUCAGUAUCGGCAGUUGAGUAAGGAUACAAAAGAUUACCUUGUUUCAAGAUUCAUGAAUGAUAUAAUAAUUAUUAGCAAGUAAUUUAUUAUGAAAUGUAACAAAUUAAUAUCACGCAAUAAAUGUGCAGUUUGAAAGUCA